AUGUGCCGUAAUCUUCCAUCUCUUACUGGGCUUCAUCUUUCUAAAAAUCAAUUGAGUGGCACGAUUCCCACAAAUCUAUCCCAAUGUUCAGGGGUUGAGGUGUUGAGCCUCUCUUACAACUCUUUUUGUGGGGAGAUACCUUCAGAAAUCGGCUACUUAACAUCUCUUCAGUUGUUAUAUCUUGGUGGUAACAAUUUGAAUGGAAUACUACCACAUGAGAUUGGCCAUCUUCAGGGUCUGGUUAGUUUUGGUGCUGAACAGAAUGAGAUUGCGGGCUCAAUUGAUUUCAAUAUUUUCAUGAAUAUGUCUUCUCUGCAAAACAUAAAUCUAUGGCGCAACAAAUUCACGGGGAACCUUUCAAGGGAUGUCGGGAAUAUUACCAUGCUAACAGAGUUAUACUUCCAGGAAAACCAUUUAACAGGGCUUAUUCCCACUGAAUUUGGCCAACUUUACCAUUUGGAGACAAUAGGAUUAGACUUGAACAGCUUGAGUGGUUCGAUUCCACAUGAGCUCUUUAACAUUUCAACUCUUCGGAGUCUUUCACUUGUUGAGAAUGCCCUGUCAGGGGUGAUAAUCCUCUAUACGGCAUCAUUCCUGCUUCUGCAUGUCGGGAAUUUAUCUUCCUCUCUACGAGAAUUCUAUGCCGAAAACUCCAAAUUCAGUGGCAACAUUCCUGUUGAAAUAGGCAAUUUAAGCAAUUUGAUGAUAUUGUUUUUGCCAGCAAAUGAGUUAUCUGGUAAUAUUCCACUAACUAUAAGCCAUUUGCAUGAACUUCAAGGAUUAAAUCUGUCUCAUAACAUGUUGGGAGGCUCAAUACCACAUGCUAUAUGUGAUCUAUUCAGCCUCAAUACUUUAGUUAUUGUUGAAGAUAAAGCAAAAGAGAUAUGGAGAAAUUUUGUAAUUGUAUUGAACUUGAAACUGAGAAGUGUACAGAUACAAUAUAUAAACGAAGCCAUGCUUCUGGUGUAA